AAGCAUUUACAUCACCUUCUCUUUGUUUUGGGGGAGGGCUGCAACCUGUUGGAUUGCUAAAGCCUUUGAAGUUAAUUGAAAGCCACUGCAGGCGAAUGGGCACCUCGACUGUACUCUAUGGAUAUUGAACGUGGUGUUGGCUGACUGUGAUCAUGUCGGAAGGAAAAAAGCCGAAGCGACCACCGUUGCCCUCACGACUGAAAAAGAAAUCCAAGUCGAGGUCAUCUUCGUCGGCGUCGGGUUUCUCAAUCUCAUUUAGUGCCCACGCACGGGACUCUGAUAGCUCAGAGAGUGACGAGUCGCUCGGAAUCACUCACGGCGCGUCGGCGUCCAUCUCGCCAGCCAAACGCAGCGCGAGCGCAGCGGCGUCGAGUGCUGUUCAAGAUGCUCCGAAAGCUGUGCACGAACCAGCUGAGCAACUCCGCAGCUCUCGCGUGCAGGCCUCGCGUAGUAGUGAGAACACGCUGCGGUCCGGGCAGCAGCCGCCGCCCAGUCGGUCUGCCGUGAAUAAAACUGUAUCGGUUCCGCUGGCCCAUGGCAAGCUUUCGGACAGUCCACUGCGAAAGACGAAGCCCGCCGUGCCGGCAAACAGCCCAGCACUGCGGCAGACAUCACCAAUAAAAUCACAAGAUGUAUACUCCACACCUAGACCCGGGCACGAGGCCGCGGAGAAAGUGCAUCCAGUUAUGGCGCCGGCAACACCAACAAAGGCGAGUGGAGCAGCGGAACCGGAUGACUUGCCCGCACAGUCGCAACACGAGUCAUCCGCUGUAACUGCAGAGGCUGUUACGAUACUGGCUGACUCGGCGAGACCUGCUGCUACUCGUACUGUCACUCAUCAUGGACAUAUUACUCCUGAGACUGACAAUGCAUCCACCGCUGCAGCUGGCUCACCUAGCAGGGAGGGUUUGUCAAGUUCGGUAGCGGCCAGCUCUCCGAUAGUGGAGACUAAGGUUGACGCACGCAAGCACGGCAUGGCCGCAUCACCAGUGGAUGUUGAGCAUGACAGCACUGUCUCCGAGAUGCUCUUGGUCGGCGACGAUGCCAGUAGGGUAAGUGAUAACGGAGGAGAUCCGAGCCUGACUCGAGCGCAAGAUGACGGCGACUGUGGCGUGUCUGAGCAGGCGGAGGAUAGCGGUCAUGCAGUGUCCUCGCCGCUCUGGCUAGAUCCUGUAUCAUCAGCACGGGGUGGUGGUGGUGGUGGCGAACCCACCGCGCGUGCUCUGUUUGCCGACGAUGGUGACGGCGAUGAUGGUGAGCAGCUAUUCCGUAGCUCUCUUCCCAGCACGCCGCUGAGUGAACGCUGCCAGGGUACUGGUGGUGCUGGAGAUAACACGCCAUCCUCUCCGGCUACGGAGGCGGUGAGUUCUUCACUACCAGCAAAGAUUGAGAGUUCUGCAUUACCAGCGGACGACGCAUCACCCUCCUGGCAUCCGCUGAUGGCGCUGAACACCGCGGCGACAGAACCCAAGAGUGCUGACACAGCGGAAGAAGCAGCAGCAACAGGAAAGAGCAUGCCAUCAGCUCUGCAAGUAGCGACGGAAGCCGCACCAUCAGCUGAUCAGGCAAGCUCGUCAACUGAGAGUAGCUCCGAUACCGUGUCCAGGUGCGACGGCCAAUCACCAACCGUGCCGCCGCAGUUGUCGAAGGAUAAAACCUCGCGUAGAGCUCACCUGCCAUCUCUCCCCGCUGCCGACGACGGUGUUGGCGGAAACAUUGGCGUGCGACCUCGCUCGGUGUCCCCUGCCGCCGCCACGGCCAGUGUUGGCGGGUUUGUACUGGGUGGAUCACGUCCCGUGUCGGCUCUAUCGUUUGCCUCAUCCAGUGCAAGCGUACCGGAGAGCGACCCAUCGUUGACGUCAUUGCACAGCGAUCGUGCAUCAAGUCCUAGCCUUGCAAGCGCCAACGGCAGCUUUCCCGCAGCAUCACCGGCGGCGAGUCGGGUGUCGUCGCCGACCGGCGCAGCUCCGGGAGUUCUGCUAGCGUCGGGGUUUCGCCAGCCGGCGGAGCGACCGCGUUACAACGACCUGCUGUGGACAAUCAUGCCAAUACCAGGACCACCGCUGUUCCGCAAACAUCUAUUCCUCUCCACAAUCAUCUUUUUCCUGUUGUCCGUCGAACUGUCGCCGUUCCUGCUGGGCUCGAUGUGCGGUACGUUUGUGAUGACGAUGGUGGGAUGUUUUCUCCUGCAGUAUCUAGUCCGUGUGAGUGGUAUGAAUGUGGGUCCGACGCAAGCGGACGAGGAGUUUCAUUUCCACAGCACGCCCGCGACGGUGGACAAGGACAGACGCAUUCUGGAGCUGCUGCCGCACAUGGAGCCGCCUGACGUGCUGGAGGAUGCUUGGACUAUGACGUACAACUAUGAAGGCCCAGCUACACAUCAUCCCAAUCGCACUACCAAGGUCUACCUACGUCUUGAAGGAGCACAGUUAACCAUCAGCACUGUUCGCGAAGACUCCAUGUCUUGGAGAAAAGAAGAGAGUAGCGACAACGACAGUGAAAGUGAUGCCUAUGGUCGUCCCCGCCGUGCCCUGUUCACCCACAGUCGUACAAUCAACCUACGCAAUAGCCUGGUGCGCUUGGUGCCAGACAACCUGAACAAGCGCCAGCGCUGGAGCAAGAAGUUCCCUAUCCGCCUCACCCUGUCCGCCGCCGACCAGAAGGAAGACGGCACUGGCGCUGGCGGCCAUUCUUCCGGUCGUCAUAGUGCUGGUCACCGUGGCAACAAUACACCCCAGCGUCGUGGCGGCGCAGCUAACCCCUAUCAGCACACAGUGUAUUUCCUGUUUGCCGGCCGGAGUCGCGACAAGAUGGACUGGUUCAUGCGCAUGGAGAUGGCCGCUGAUCCUACGCGGGCCUGCGCAGAGCUGAGCAAUCUACCCAGGGAGUAUGCUGACUAUUUGAGCUACACGGCUCACUUGUUGCCAGACCUACAGCUGCCGGAGCUUCCCGACGAUCAUCCUACACAGCAGCAGCAGCAUGCCAACAGAGACUCACUUCGCAAGAAGAUAUCUGUUGGUAGUGAAGCAGCACCGCGUCGACCUGAUGGGUCUCCGUCGGUCACCAGGCAUUUCCACCGACCAAACAGUACGGUUGGUGCAUCGGCAACAUCAGGAUCUCUGAAUGUCACGACUUCGACCAGUGCACAGGCUAGCAGCUCGCACACGGCCGGAGACAUGCCAGUACCCUCAGGUCACGGCCCGCAUCACCCGAUCGGCGAGGCGGCGUUCGCUUCGUUUCAUCCUCGCCCAAUCUGCCACGCCGUCUUCAGGAUGGCUCUGUUCCGCGCUCCAUUGCCAGCCCGUUUGGUUCUCUAUUGUGGUUCAACGCCGGACUGGGUCGCUUGUUUUAUGACGCCUGGCGAGAGCCACGCUGGGCAGAGAAGCUGAAGGUGCGGUGGCAACGUAAGCUUUCGCGUAUCAAGUUACCUCCGUUCAUCAAGACCUUGGUCAUGAAGGAUCUGAACCUGGGUCACUCGCUGCCCGUCGUCAAAAGGGUCUAUCAACCCCAGGUCGAUGGUCGUGGAC